AUGAAGUGCAAUGAGGAUUCAGAGACUAGGGACCCACCAGAUACUCUGACCAUUGAACAGUCAGAGACUAGGAACCCACCAGAUACUCUGACCAUUGAACAGUCAGAGACUAGGAACCCACCAGAUACUCUGACCGUUGAACAGUCAGAGACUAGGAACCCACCAGAUACUCUGACCAUUGAACAGUCAGAGACUAGGAACCCACCAGAUACUCUGACCAUUGAACAGUCAGAGACUAGGAACCCACCAGAUACUCUGACCAUUGAACAGUCAGAGACUAGGAACCCACCAGAUACUCUGACCAUUGAACAGUCAGAGACUAGGAACCCACCAGAUACUCUGACCAUUGAACAGUCAGAGACUAGGAACCCACCAGAUACUCUGACCAUUGAACAGUCAGAGACUAGGAACCCACCAGAUACUCUGACCAUUGAACAGUCAGAGACUAGGAACCCACCAGAUACUCUGACCAUUGAACAGUCAGAGACUAGGAACCCACCAGAUACUCUGACCAUUGAACAGUCAGAGACUAGGAACCCACCAGAUACUCUGACCAUUGAACAGUCAGAGACUAGGAACCCACCAGAUACUCUGACCAUUGAACAGUCAGAGACUAGGAACCCACCAGAUACUCUGACCAUUGAACAGUCAGAGACUAGGAACCCACCAGAUACUCUGACCAUUGAACAGUCAGAGACUAGGAACCCACCAGAUACUCUGACCAUUGAACAGUCAGAGACUAGGAACCCACCAGAUACUCUGACCAUUGAACAGUCAGAGACUAGGAACCCACCAGAUACUCUGACCAUUGAACAGUCAGAGACUAGGAACCCACCAGAUACUCUGACCAUUGAACAGUCAGAGACUAGGAACCCACCAGAUACUCUGACCAUUGAACAGUCAGAGACUAGGAACCCACCAGAUACUCUGACCAUUGAACAGUCAGAGACUAGGAACCCACCAGAUACUCUGACCAUUGAACAGUCAGAGACUAGGAACCCACCAGAUACUCUGACCAUUGAACAGUCAGAGACUAGGAACCCACCAGAUACUCUGACCAUUGAACAGUCAGAGACUAGGAACCCACCAGAUACUCUGACCAUUGAACAGUCAGAGACUAGGAACCCACCAGAUACUCUGACCAUUGAACAGUCAGAGACUAGGAACCCACCAGAUACUCUGACCAUUGAACAGUCAGAGACUAGGAACCCACCAGAUAAUCUGACCAUUGAACAGUCAGAGACUAGGAACCCACCAGAUACUCUGACCAUUGAACAGUCAGAGACUAGGGAUGCACUGCCUAGUGCAUACCAUGAUGUUGAAUCAUCAAAAUCUAGGAAUCCACCAGUAUGUACACCAAUCUUGUAUUCCAAUAUUCCAACCCUGAAUUGUUAA